UCGCGUUGUGUUGUGUGGUGUGAAUGUAGUGCUUUUAAUUUAAUUUAAUUUUGUUUUAUUUUUGUUAUUGUAAUUUUCGCUUAUUCGUAAAUUAUUUUUAUGCAGCAAAUACAGCAGUAACUUAUUUUGAAAUAUGCUGUUUUGAAACAUUAAUCGAAAAAUGCAGUCUAAUAAUAGGUAUCGACCGUUCAAGCAAAUCGCACAAGGUAACUUCCCGCAGAGUUUAAGUGGCAGCGAAACGGACGUAUCGACGUCUAACGAGAAUCUAUCAAACGAAGAAAAAUAUGUAAUCAGACACACGCCGAGACAAGAACCCCAGGGUCAGGAGAAUCUGACCGAUUCGAAGAGGAGCUCGUUGCGAGACAGCUUGCCGUCGAAUCGAAGCUCUCUGGAUGUCUCUUCGUCCUCCUACAACACUCUCAUUAUUCACAGUGCCGGAGAUGAACCAUGGACAGGACGAAAUUCUGGACCUAGAGAAGGCUCGAAUAUCUCCUCGGCUAAUUUCAUUAGCCACCAAAAUCCAAAUAUUAAUGACCCUAAGUUAUCAUCGCCUAUGGCGAAGAGGAGUUCUGCAUCUCCAUCACCUUCUAUAUCUAGUACAGGUGUACAGGAGAUAACGGAAAUUCCCGACGAUUAUUUAUCGCAAUCGUCAGUUUUGAAGCAUUUGGCCAAAGAAGUAAAAGUUCCAUCGUCUCCGGAAGGAGCGAUCAAAGAUCAAAGCAACCUCGAAAAUUUCACCCUCUACGAUCUAAAACCGCCCGAAUACCCCAAAUGGGCCGAUAAAUCUCCUCUGCAACGCGAAAUCGAAAACAGGAAUAAAAUAAAUAUCGAAAAACACACUCUAUCCAAAUCGCAACCCGAUCUUACCACGGCGGGAUUCAUCAAAAACAGCGAUGCCACAUUUUACAAAAGAGGAGUAUCGGCUCCCAGACCUCCGACCAAAGGUAGAGAGGAAACCGAAUCGAACGGUGAAAUCUGGCCAUCCGGCGAAAUGGUAGAAAUUCUAAUCAAAGAAAACAGCGCUCUGAAACAAGAGCUCGACCACUUAUACCAGAAAGUAGAACGAACGCAAAGGUUGGAACACGAGAUCCUCAAAGUGCACAAGGGCCACGAGGAAUUGGUCCAGUCGUGCGAGCGAAGGGAACGGCUCGAAAGGGCGGCGCGGACGCGCCUCCAAUCCGACUGUCUCAGGUACCAGGAGGUGAACAGGGCUCUGCGAGAGCAGGUCGAAAUGCUCUCCAGCCAGAUGCUCUCCCAUUCGCCGGUGCCCGACUACGGCGUGCCCGAGAACCUGCGGCGCGAGCUCGCCAAGCGCGAGGGCCUCAUUAAACAGCUCAUCUCUCAGAAUAAAGAGCUAUCGGCGGCGAAAGAACGGCAGGAAAUCGAAUUGGCCGCCCAACGGGCCACGUUGCAGGAGCAAAGGACUCACAUAGAUAUUUUAGAUACGGCUCUGACGAACGCGCAAGGGAACGUUGUUCGUCUGGAAGAAGAGUGUCGCAAGAAGCAGGUGUACGUGGAACGCGUGUCGCAAUUGCAGAGGGCGCUGUCUUCGAUGCAAUUGGCGAGCGAGAGGCGCGAACAGACGGAGAAGAAGCUCCGGUUGCAGCUGGAGAGGGAAUUGCAGCAGGUGAAGGCGCACGCGCACGGCGAGUGGAUGGGCAUCAACAUGUCGAAUAUGUCCGUCAACGAGACCGCUUCGGAGUUGAAGAGGAAGCUUCGGGAGAAGGACGAGAGGAUUAUGACGUUGGAAGGGGAGUGCGCGAAGUGGGAGCAGAGGUACCUCGAGGAGAGUACCCUUCGACAGGCUGCCAUCGAUGCUGCUAGUAUACCAAAGGACGCUAAAAUAGCAGCGCUCGAGAAGACGAGCCAAGAGACUGAAAAAAUCAUCGCCGAGGCGAGGAACGAGAAAAUUCGACAUAUGGACGAAGUGCACGCGGCGCAAAAGAAAGUGGCCGAUUUGGAAUCUAGAUUGAAAGAUUUGGAAUCGAAGUUGGCCGAAAGGGACGCCAUGAUCAGAGUUUUGCAGAAACACACUUACGAUAAAGAUGUUUCGAGCAUGCUGGGAAGAUCGCCGAAUCACACGCCGCAUCCUAGUCUAGGAGGAGCUGAUAUCGAUCACGUUCUAGGAACAGCUGUUUCGAGAGAAGAAUUAGUGAGCAGCGUUUUGACGAAUUCGACGGCGUACGGUUCGAGUAAUUCGUAUGCCGGUAGCGAUUCGUCUUACCACAUGCCGUCGUACGCCAAGUACGAAUCGAACAAGGCCACCUACGAUACGACCAAACAAAAAUUAGACAGCCAGCUUAAGGAAAUCGAUAGCCAACUCGAUUCGCAGCUGCUUAGUAAGCGGGCACUUUGCUGUUUUCCAGGAUUCACUAAUCCAGUCACUGCGCAGAGAAAAGGAAAAAUAUCCAAACCAUUAUUGGCAAGUGUGACGGCCGCUUACGAGUCUCAGAGCCCCUUCUUGCUGCCCCCGCCGUCGGCGCGGCACGCCGCCCACGAGUCCGGCGAGAUGCUGCUGUUGGAGAAGCAGGGCCGCACGUCGCAGCAGCAGCGCAUGUCCGACGGCGGGCACGCGCACCACGCGCACGCGCACUCGCCGGCCGCCUCGCAGAAGCCGCCGCCGGCUUUGCCGAGCUCGCUGCCGCGGCCGAAGCGGCCGUCGCUGCGUUCGGGGCUGCCGCGCCGGCUCGGCGACUACAACCGGCUGCCGGACGGCGAGAAGAAGUCGUCGGACGGCGGCGAGUCGUUGAGUUCGAACGCGAGCAGCCGGCGGGCGUCGCCGGCGCGAUCGCUGAUACCGCCGCCGAGGAAGCUGGGCGAGUACGGGCGGUUGCGGAGCGGCUCGGCGGGCGGCGAGAGGGACUCGGCGUCGACGUUGAGCGACAAUUCGGCCGGUUCGACGAAGGUGAGAUUGUACGGGGGAGGCGGCGGCGGCGGCGGUUCGUUGCGAAGGGGCUCUUCGUUGGGGCGAGACGGGAAAUGUUCCUCGGAUUCGAGUACCAAUAAAUACAGGAUACAAUUUUAGAUGUUGAUUUUUGUGUACGGGGUGGCGCAGAACUCGCGUCCCACCGGGGAAUAUGCCUUAUGGAAA